AUGGACAAUUUUUUUACAUCCCUAAAUCUACUGGAAAGCUUGUCCAUGAAUUUGACGGCAGUUGGAACUCUGCGGAAAAAUAAGCCCUACAUACCAAAAGAGAUGUUGGCAUACAAAGAUCGUGCAGAGAGGUCAAGUACAUUCGGUUUUAGACCCAACAUAUCCAUAUGCUCCUAUGUGCCGAAAAAAAACAAGGCAGUUAUAUUACUAUCAUCAAUGCAUGACGAUGAUCACAUUGGCGAAAGCGACAAACCAGAAAUAAUCGAGUUUUACAACAAGACAAAAGGAGGAGUGGACGUGAUGGACCAAUUACUUGGAGAAUAUACUUGCCAAAGGAUGACAAAGCGUUGGCCGUUGUCCCUAUUCUUCAAUAUGAUUGAUUUGACGGCAUUGGCAGCGUACAUCAUAUGUUAUGAGAAUAAUCCCAACAUCAGAUGCACCAAUGCGAAGCGUAAGAGAUUUCUUCGCCAGCUCGCCAAGGAACUGUCUAUGCCCAUAAUUGAAGAGCGGUCGGUGAAUCAGCAAGUGAUGCGGAACUUCAAGACAAAAAUUGCAGUCGCGAGUUUCAUAAGUACGGCCUUGCAAGGAAGUGCUGACAAUAGGCCAUCAACGUCUGCAGCUGCUGGUGCAUAA